CCGCUCGCGCGCUCGCCGCUCCGCUCCUGUCGGGCCCCGCGCCCCGCUGCCGCCUCGCCGCCAGCCCUCCGCCCGCUAGCCUCGGGGACCGCGCCGCAGAGCCGGGCUUCCUCCCUCGGCAGCCGCGGGCCGGGGGCGGGUCCUGGCGCCCACCAUGCGGGGAGAGCUCUGGCUCCUGCUGCUGGUGCUCAGGGAGGCUGCCCGAGCGCUGAGCCCCCAGCCCGGAGCAGGUCAGGAUGCAGGCCCAGGCUCUGGAUGGGCUGCCAAGGGGACCGUGCAGGGCUGGAGUCGGAGAGCCCGAGAGAGCCCUGGGCAGGUGUCGGAGCCGGACAGGACCCAGCUGAGCCAGGACCUGGGUGGGGGCACCCUGGCCAUUGACACACUGCCAGAUAACAGGACCAGGGUGGUGGAGGACAACCACAACUACUAUGUGUCCCGUCUGUACGGCCCCAGCGAGCCCCGCAGCCGGGAGCUGUGGGUGGACGUGGCCGAGUCCAACCGGAGCCAAGUGAAGGUCCACAGAAUCCUCUCCAACACCCACCGGCAGGCUUCGAGAGUGGUCUUGUCCUUCGAUUUCCCUUUCUACGGGCAUCCUCUGCGGCAGAUCACCAUAGCAACUGGAGGCUUCAUCUUCACUGGUGACGUGACCCAUCGGAUGCUCACAGCUACUCAGUACGUGGCCCCUCUGAUGGCCAACUUCAACCCUGGCUACUCCGACAAUUCCACAGUUGCUUACUUCGACAAUGGGACAGUCUUUGUUGUCCAGUGGGACCAUGUCUACCUCCAAGGCCGGGAGGACAGGGGCAGUUUCACCUUCCAGGCAGCUCUGCACCGUGAUGGCCGCAUUGUAUUUGGCUAUAAAGAGAUCCCUAUGUCUGUCCUGGAAAUCAGCUCCUCCCAGCAUCCCGUCAAAGCCGGUCUGUCAGAUGCCUUCAUGACUCUCAAUACCUCCCCAGAUGUACCAGAAUCUCGGCGAAGGGCCAUCUUCGAGUACCACCGUGUGGAGCUGGACCCCAGCAAGGUCAUCAGCACGUCGGCCGUGGAGUUCACCCCGCUGCCAACUUGCCUGCAGCAUCGGAGCUGUGAUGCCUGCAUGUCCUCGGACCUGACCUUCAACUGCAGCUGGUGCCAUGUCCUCCAGAGAUGCUCCAGUGGCUUUGACCGCUACCGCCAGGAGUGGCUGGCCUACGGCUGUGCCCAGGAGGCGGAGGGCAGGACGUGUGAGGACUUCCAGGAUGAGGACCACUACUCAUCUUCCCCGGACAGCUCCUUCAGCCCCUCUGAUGGAGACCACAGCACCACCUCCUCCUCCCUCUUCUUGGACAGCCUCACCACAGAAGAUGACACCAAGUUGAAUCCCUAUGCAGGAGGAGAUGGACUUCAAAACAACCUGUCCCCCAAGACAAAGGGCCCCCCGGUGCACCUGGGCACCAUUGUGGGCAUUGUGCUGGCGGUCCUUGUCGUGGCGGCCAUCAUCCUGGCGGGGAUUUACAUCAGCGGCCACCCCACCUCCAAUGCUGCGCUCUUCUUCAUCGAGAGGAGACCUCACCACUGGCCAGCCAUGCGAUUCCGCAACCACCCGAACCACUCCACCUACACGGAGGUUGAACCCUCGGGCCACGAGAAGGAGGGCUUUGUGGAGGCGGAGCAGUGCUGAGAGUGCCAAGCCGCCCCUUGGAAGGGUCGAAAGGAAGACCUGGGGACCCCAAACGUCGAGUCAAAACAAAGUGGAGAAGCGAUUUUUCUUGGCCUCCUCUGAACAUACCCUGGCUGGGAGGAUGGGACAGUGGUUUGUGGUGCCAGAGCUACAGUUGGGCCAUCACACAAGUACUGAAGCAGGGGCAGAAAAGCAACCGCACUGAGUUUUUAAGGAACAAUCACCUAAUUUCAUCCUCUUCUGAUGCAAGGGGUCUCCUCUUCUGGGGCUGUCAACGGUCUACUCUGUAGCUACCCCAGAGACCCCCUCCCACCUGGAGAUGACCAGAUGCCCUGUUCCUGGUCACCUAAUGUCCCUGCAUAUGACACGAAAGAACUGAGCUCUUGACUGGGGCCGCCGCAUUGCAGGGUCCAUAGACUCAAGAGCUGGUCCUCAUGGCUAUGGAUUCGGUGCCUUCAGCCCCUGCUUCUGUGGCUCUGGACAUCUGGAGAAGGAGUUCCCUCCACCAUUAAACACAGACACAGCUGCUCUAAGCCCUUUGUCAAGCUGCCGGGUGGAGGGAAGCCAAAGGAGAGGAGAGGAAAGAACUUAUGGGGAAAAUGGCAUCUUCAGGCUUUGCUUCCUCAAUUUGCCCUUCCUGCUGACCACCAGUACUUCCGCCCCGGACUUCUGCGCCUGCAGCCCGCUGCCCCAGCCGUGGCCCAGCCCCGGCCUGGCGAGCCAUGGGGGCUCUUUAUUCCAAUGGCACGUUUUGGCCAUGUACUCACUGGCCUUUCCCUUCGUCGGGGCCAGCAAGGACCUCCAAAGGCAGCGUUUUCCUCAUUCCGAGGGUUCUUCCUCCCAGCUGGAUUCUGAUAGCCAUUAAAGAGAAACAGGGGGGUUUAUGGAGACGUGUCCAGCAGGGAACGUCAGUCGGGAGUCUGUUGAGGAGCAAAGCCACCGGAACAGUUGGGCAGGACGCUCACACGGAAAGGAGGGACUUUCUACGUAAAAUCUUGGCCUGGAAAGUUGUUCCCACGUCCUCGGCUCUGCUGGAAGUUUCGAUGGCAGAGGGUUUAGGCUCCCAAACUUAAACUGGUUUUAAGGAAUUCUGUCCCAGAGAUGAGUCAGGGCAUUUAAAUGGAAAUCUAUCGCCCUGGCUGGUGUGGCUGUUGUUUGAGUGUCA